AUGCCGAGCGCCAUGAUGGGCUCCACUGCACUGCUCUUCCUCAUCGUCACAGUGCACGUCGCUGCGGCGGCGACGGUUCAUGAGCACUCACAGUGCCUCGACAACCCGCCUGACCUCUUGCAGCGCGGCGUAGAAGCUGGCAAGGUCGAAGACAACCUCCCGGGGGGAUUCAGGGCCUAUGUCACUGGCCCGCCCAGCUCCAAACGCGCCGUCGUCCUCGCCUCCGACGUCUACGGGUUUGAGGCACCUUUACUGAGAAAAAUAGCCGAUAAAGUUGGCGCGACAGGAUACUACGUUGUGGUGCCUGAUUUCUUUCACGGUGAUCCUUACAACGACAGUAAAAAACUUUCAGAAUGGAUCAAAACUCACUCCCCGGUCACAGCUGCUCAAGAUGCCAAGCCACUCUUCGAUUAUUUAAGACGGGAAGGAAAAUCCGUUGGGGUUGGAGGUUAUUGCUGGGGUGGAAAGUUCGCAGCAGAGAUGGCGAAAACUGACGAUAUAAAAGUCGUUGUUCUUUCUCAUCCAGCAUAUGUAACUGUCAAUGAUAUGAAAGAGGUCAAAUGGCCAAUUGAGAUUCUUGGUGCUCAGAAUGACACAAUCACACCACCUGAACAAGUCCGUCAGUUUGAGCAGGCCUUGAGUGAAAGAAAGGACAAGAUUGAAUACUUUAUCAAGAUCUUCCCAAGAGUUGCCCAUGGAUUUGCUUGCAGAUAUAAUACCUCUGACCCAUUUGCAGUCAAAAAUGCUGAACAAGCUCUUGCUUACAUGCUUGACUGGUUCCAUAAAUACUUGAAGUGA